UCGGGUGCCAAGUCCCGCCUGGAGUUUGCUUCAUUCCACGAGUGGCAGUGGAGGAGGAGGAGGAGCCAGAGGGCCUGCCUUGCAGCCCUGGCGGCUCCAGCUGCGGCGCGGCGGGGGAGAGGACCUUCUCUGCUGCAGCUCCCUCUUCCUCCUCCUCCUCCUCCUCCUCCUCUUCCACGAUGCCUCCUUCCACGAGACGGCAACUGCGCCGGGCUCCUCCUGCCCCUUAGGAAUCUUACAGAUAUGCCACCUCAGGAAAUAUCCAUCAGGAACUCCACCUCCACUCUUCGGAUGAAGUAUCCCACACAAAGAAGUGAUUCCUCUCUAAAGAAGAAAAACCACAAAGAACAAAUGAAACCUCUAUUUCUCCAUUGACAAGGGAGCCCCAUCACAUUGCUUUAUAAUGGGCACCACAAAUGAAGAGACGGUCCCGGUGGAACAGAACUUGAACCCUCUGUGCUUUGAAUGCGGGCAACAGCACUGGACGAGGGAGAACCACUUGUACAAUUAUCAGAACGAUGUGGACGAUGACUUGGUCUGCCAUAUUUGCCUUCAACCCUUGCUACAGCCAUUAGACACCCCUUGUGGUCACACAUUCUGCUACAAGUGCCUACGGAACUUUCUGCAGGAGAAGGAUUUCUGCCCUUUGGAUCGCAAAAGGCUCCAUUUUAAGUUGUGCAAAAAAUCCAGCAUUCUUGUUCAUAAACUGCUCGACAAGCUCUUUGUGUCAUGCCCCUUUGCUUCAGUGUGUGAUGAGAUCAUGCAACGUUGCGACCUGGAAGCUCACCUCAAAAACAGAUGUCCUGGGGCUUCCCAUCGACGAGUCGCCUUGGAGAGAAGGAAAAACAGCAAGCUGCAGACUGACACUGAGAGUGAAAAUGAGAGCAGUGUGAUCGAUCGCCCCGGUUCCCAGUCUCCGGAUGCAGAGCAUGCCGGGACGGGAACGACACCAGCCGAGCAGAACAUUACAUCAGCCACUGUUCCAGUGUGGACAGAUGAGUCUGGCCUUGACAACCCUGCCUUUGAGGAGAGCACAGGAGCUGACACAACCCAUCACCCGCCAAGUUUGCCAGAAGGCGAGAUCACAACCAUUGAAAUCCAUCGGUCCAAUCCUUAUAUUGAGCUGGGAAUUAGCAUCGUGGGUGGCAAUGAAACACCUUUGAUCAACAUUGUUAUUCAGGAAGUUUAUCGAGAUGGGAUUAUUGCUAGAGAUGGACGGCUCCUUGCUGGAGAUCAAAUACUGCAAGUCAAUAACUCUGAUAUCAGCAAUGUAUCCCACAACCACGCCAGAGCUAUUCUAUCCCAGCCUUGCGCAGUGUUGCACCUCACAGUUCUCCGAGAGAGACGCUUUGGGAGCCGAACUCACAACCACAGUGACAGCCCUCCCCAGCGAGAGGAAAGUUUUCACGUGACCUUGCACAAACGAGAUUCCAGUGAGCAACUUGGCAUUAAGUUAGUGCGCAGAACGGAUGAGCCGGGAGUUUUUAUCCUUGACCUUUUAGAAGGGGGCCUGGCUGCUCAGGAUGGAAGGCUGUGUAGCAAUGACAAGGUGUUGGCCAUCAACGGGCAUGACCUGAAGCAUGGCACACCUGAAUUGGCUGCUCAGAUUAUCCAGGCCAGCGGAGAGCGGGUGAGUCUAACCAUUUCCAGACCUGCCAAGUCUCAGAUUGUGAGCAUCCUAAGAGAUGGAGGCACCCACCCAGUCAGCCAGCACCCGUCUCACACGCUCUACCACAGCAGCAGGCCCAGCCCACACAGGGAUCUCUCACAGUGCGUGACUUGCCAAGAGAAGCACAUCACGGUGAAGAAGGAGCCCCAUGAAUCCCUUGGUAUGACUGUAGCAGGAGGCAGAGGCAGCAAAAGUGGAGAACUCCCCAUCUUUGUCACAAGCGUACAGCCUCACGGUUGCUUGGCCAGAGAUGGCAGGAUCAAAAGAGGUGAUGUGCUGAUGAAUAUUAAUGGCAUUGAUCUGACCAACCUAAGUCACAGUGAGGCGGUGGCAAUGCUCAAAGCCAGUGCUGCCUCUUCAGUUGUUGCCCUAAAAGCCUUGGAGGUUCAGAUUGCUGAAGAACAGCCCCAGGCAAAUGACGAGCCUCCCAGCACCAUCAGCGAAAAUGAAUAUGAUGCAAGCUGGUCUCCAUCGUGGGUGAUGUGGCUGGGGCUUCCAAGUUGCCUGCACAGUUGUCACGACGUAGUGCUACGGAGGAGCAAUUUGGCAAGCUGGGGCUUUAGCAUUGUUGGGGGCUACGAAGAGAAUCACACAAACCAGCCUUUCUUCAUAAAAACGAUUGUUCUGGGAACACCAGCAUACUUUGAUGGAAGACUUAAAUGUGGCGAUAUGAUUGUUGCGGUCAAUGGACUUUCAACUGUUGGGAUGAGCCAUUCAGCGCUGGUUCCUAUGUUGAAGGAGCAAAGGAAUAAAGUAACAUUGACAGUUAUCUGCUGGCCAGGAAGUCUUGUAUAGACUCACAAAGCAACAUCCCCUUGUGUUCAAGCAGCUUCUUUUUUCUAAAUGGCUGGUUCAAAACUUUCAAGCAAGCUGUGUUUUCUUUUCUUCUGUUCCUUUUUCUUUUCUACUACUGAUGCAGCUGGUAAUAAGCUGGGCCAAAAAUGCUACCUUCAUAACUGGGAGAGUUGGGAGGGGAGGGUGGAAGGAAGGAAGAUGCUCAACCUCACUGUGUGUAUCCAUCUUGAAAAGCCAUUCCUAUCAUGUUUAUUGGGUUUUCUUUUUGGUUUUUCACGCAUUGACAGCCAGAACAUCCA